AAUACAUUUCAUUUUUUUUCUCUGUGCAAAUGAGAUCUAACGGAUAAUUGCCUUUUGUUUUUGUUUUUUAAUUGUAUGUUCAAUUAAAGAUCUUGAUGAAAGAAUGUUGCCCUGUAGUGUUGCUCUGUGUCUGCAUCACAGAAACCUUGUCUGCAGUAUCGACAUGACCUAUAUAUCCUGCUAAUUAUAUAAUAAAUGGUGUUCCAUGGAAGGGCGGCUCUUUCUGGUAAAAUGAGCCGGAUCAAUGUGUUGCAGACGUAAGCGGGUCUGUGUUUUUACCGUUUGAAACGGAAGCGGCCGAGCUCCGGUCUCCCGGCUAAUCGAUAGUCCACUACAUUAUUUUCACAUCUCGACAGUGGAGCGGUCGCGCUCGAAGUCUUUUUUUGGCGUUGCAUUAUAGUCAACGAGCGGUGACUGUACUGGGGGCUCACGCAUGCGCAGUCAGAGCCCCGGAGCCGCAGGAGAUAAUAGCUGGUAAGCCAAAUUUCAGUUCCGAAUUGAUGUGAAACCACGAAUUUAUUUCACAUUUAUAAUUUGUCCCUCUUAUUGUGGCAGAUCAGAACAUCUUUUAACCACAAGCGGUUUAAAGGGACGGGUGUAAAUGUGUUUUGAGGCAGAGCGUUUCGGCGUUUAGGAUAUAAUCAACCACAAAUGCUUUCCGUUUUAAAAUGUAUAUCUGAGCUAUCACGCGCCUCAUUAACCUACCGACUUAAAUACUUUGAAAUAAGCAGUCGCGCGGGUGUUGCUGACAUAUCUAACACGCUUAACGCUGUGGUGAGGAGAGAAUGCUGCUCAUUCAUUUGAGAUGCAGCUGGAAUGGGUGACAGGGUUCAUUUUUCACUAAAUGACAUUUUCACAGGGUUUGAGACACUGCUUUUAUUCAUUUUUUUUCUGUCUCCUGGAUGUGUUUGCCUCCGCCAUUUUAACUGAAAUGUAUUUUUAUUUAGUGUGCGUGUGUGGACUUGAGCUUGUGCGUAAAUAUUGGUGUGUCACCAUUAUUGCCUUUUUAUUGGAGGCAGCCUAAUGGAUGUCUGAUAGAAAGUCACACGGGGUCAUGGCUUUUGAUGGUGGAAGGCGCUGCCAUCAUUCUGUAAAUGGCAUCCUCAAAAUACAAUUAUAUACAAUAUAACAAUACAAUAUAAGUAUUGUUUAAGUUGGGGGAAAUAUAUCUGAUAAGUAUUUUCUUGUAGAUUUACAUUUGAUAAAUCUUAAUUCAUGUUUCUCAGAGCCAUUUUCGGAAAAAGGAGAAAGAAGUGCCUAUUAGCAGAGGCUUCAUAGUCAUAUCUAAAAACUCAGUCUUUACUUAUCUGUAAGUGUCUGUUCUUAUGAAUGUGCAUCGUAUUAAUACCCUUUUUAAUGAUAACUGGUACAAGAAAAAUGAAAUCGGAUGAAUCAAACAACGCAAAAAAAACACGACAGAGGAUCCAUAACUUUUUGUCAAGUCAGUAUAUACAUAUAUAUAUACAUUCAUACAAAAGAGGGAUUCACAGUCUGUCCACAUACAACACCCUGAGAUCACACCCAUGAUUCAAAUUCAUAAAAGGAAAAUCUCCAUAAAAAACGUUGAACUUUGAGUGCUGUAAACCUAUUUAUUCCAUUGAGAGCACUGCUUUGUACUGCCCCUCAUGCUCUUUACUCUCCAGUACUCCGGAGUAAAGGACUGGGACGCCGUUAUGAGUACCAAAGUGAACGUGGAGGCUUUACCCAAAGAACCCGAUCGCACCCCUUUGGACCCGUGCUCCUCGUCCCCUAGCGAAGCCGUCCUCAUCUGUGGGAGUGACGGGGUGGCCAAGAAGGCUCGGCUCCAACCCCACACCACCACGGCUUUCCUCCUACCAGCUCCCGCUGCCAGUCAUCAGAAGCUGGAGGUGACUCCAGCUGUUUCAGUGGGAGACUCGGGUAAAGGAGGCAGGGCCAAUGAGACGGCCACACCCACGUUGACAGCACAGGUGGGCGGUGCUUGUAGCAUCGUCCACGUCCUGGAGUGGAAGGAAGGGGUGGCCAUCCUGCCCAGCAGCAACCUCAAGUUCUGUGUGAGUGAUGUGGGAACGUUGAGCACCCUGAUCACCCCAGGGACCACCAGCAGCAUCACUGAACCAGCAGCCGGGACUUCUGGGAGAUCCGCUGAUGCAGAGAGCGCUCCAGCAGACAAGCCAGAGGUGUCGGCUCCUGUCGGCUCUGUGAGAGGUGCAGUAGUGGAGCCGGAGAGGUUGCUGCCGGUCAAACCUGAAGUCCAGGUCGGACUGAGACAACAGAGCUAUGAUGCCAGAGCUCAGAGGACCUACAGAGAGGAGCUGCGCAGAGAGCCCAUCACUGACAAGAGGAUUGUCGGGGUAGAGAAGGUGCCAGCAGGCGGGAGGGUCUCCUCCCUUAACCCAGAUCACCUGAAACCCAUGAGGAAGAGGAAGAGGAAGGAAUACCUGAGUCCCUCUGAGGAAGACUCUGACAUCGAAGGCACGGAUGAGAAAAUUGAUGAUUCUAAAGCAGACGGCAGACACAUCAGAGGAGCUGGAGACAGUAAGACAGAGCAGUGGACGUGGGCUCAGUAUCUGGAGGAAACCAAAUCUGUUGCUGCGCCCAACAAGCUUUUCCAAGAGACCCAGAGAGUGCCAACAGUGAAGAGCGGCUUUAAGCAGGGGAUGAAGCUGGAAGGCAUCGACCCGCAGCAUCCGUCCAUGUACUUUGUUCUCACCGUGGCCGAGGUCUGUGGUUACCGGCUGCGGCUUCAUUUUGACGGCUACUCUGACUGCCACGACUUCUGGGUGAAUGCCAACUCCCCCGACAUCCACCCAGCAGGCUGGUGUGAGAGCACGGCACACAAACUGCACACUCCCAAAGGCUGUAAAGAGGAGGAGUUUACCUGGACCAACUACCUGAGAAUGACUAAAGCACAAGUGGCGUCCAAAGAACUCUUUGCCAGUCCUGGGAGGAUCGAUGUGAAGUGCAGUUUUGAGAUAGGAAUGAAGCUGGAGGCCGUCGACCGUAUGAACCCCUCGCUCAUCUGUGUAGCAACCGUCACUGACGUGGUGGACGAACGCUUCCUGGUUCAUUUUGACAACUGGGAUGAUACGUACGACUAUUGGUGUGAUUCCAGCAGUCCGUACAUUCACCCUAUUGGUUGGUGCCAGGAGAGGAACCUCCCCCUAACACCACCCCAAGAUUACCCAGAUCAGGCCCGGUUCUCCUGGUCUCACUACUUGGAGGAGACUGGUUCCAAGGUGGUGGCCGCUGACGCCUUUAAAGUGCGUGCGGCCCACAGCUUCCAGCCUCAGAUGAAACUGGAGGCGGUGGACAAGAGAAGUCCUGGUCUGAUCAGAGUGGCUACAGUGGAGGAAGUCGAGACUCAUCGCAUUAAGGUCCAUUAUGACGGCUGGAGUCAUGUCUACGAUGAGUGGAUGGACUCGGAUCACCCCGACAUCCACCCAGCAGGCUGGUGUGAGGCGACCAGUCACCCACUCAAAGUUCCCCCACGGGACGCCAAAACACAUCAGCCACAUGGUAGCAACCAGCACUUCAGUCAAAACUGUGUGAGGGAGCCUCCUGCCACAGGCCAGUCCACCUACCCCUCCUCGGUUCCCUGUAAACCCAUCAGCCACCCCAGAUCCAACAAGUACAGCUUCCACAACAGGAAGUGUCCAACUCCUGGUUGUGAUGGUUCAGGCCAUGUGACCGGCCGCUUCACUGCCCAUCACUGCAUAUCCGGCUGCCCACUGGCUGAGCGUAACCAAGGCAGGCUGAAGGCCGAGCUGUCAGACUCGGAGUGCAAGAGGACUCUCUUCUUCGGCCAGAGGACCAAGAAGACACAUUUCCGUGGCAGGAUUGGUCGUCCUCCCAAAUACAGGAAGAACCAGCAGAGAGACUACCAGAACAUGUCCUCAGAGGGCGUGUAUCCGUCACUGUUCAUGUCAGCUCUGAGCAGCCAGUCAGACAGGACUCUGUCUCUGUGCUGGGAGCAGCACUGUAAGCUACUGCCCGGCGUUCAGGGCAUUCACGCCAGCCAGGUGGCAGCAUGGAGCGUUGAAGAGGUCUUCAUGUUUGUCCAGAAUCUAAUCGGCUGUGAAGAACAGGCUCGUCUCUUCAAAGAAGAGAUGAUUGACGGGGAGGCCUUCCUGCUGCUGACCCAGACCGACAUUGUGAAGAUCAUGAGCAUCAAGCUAGGCCCCGCCCUCAAGAUCUCCAACGCCAUUCUCAUGUUCAAGAGCACAGACGAGGUACUCAAGUGAUCCCGCCCUCACCUGACCUGUGGCGUCGGGCCGUCGAUCAUCAUGUGCCAAACUCAUUCUGUUGCAGGGAAAAGACCCUGACCUCUUUUUUUUCAUGUGUUUGGUGUCCUGUACCCAUCAGAGAGGGGGGGGGGGG